UGCUUCCCAUCCUACCAUUCACUGUCUUGCCGGCAGCCAGCUGGGAGCAAUGGGAAACGGGGCGUCCCAGCUGUCCUCGGUGCCCGCUCAGAAGCUGGGCUGGUUUAUCCAGGAAUACCUGAAGCCCUACGAAGAGUGUCAGACAAUGAUCGACGACAUGGUGAACAUCAUCUGUGACGUCCUGCAGGAACCCGAACAGUUCCCCCUGGUGCAGGGAGUGGCCAUAGGUGGCUCCUAUGGACGGAAAACAGUCUUAAGAGGCAACUCCGAUGGUACCCUCGUCCUCUUCUUCAGUAACUUAAAACAAUUCCAGGAUCAGAAGAGAAUCCAACGUGACAUCCUCGAUAAAACUGGGGAUAAGCUGACGUUCUGUCUGUCCACGAAGUGGAUGGAAAACAGUUUCGAGAUCCAGAAGUCCCAUGAUGGGUUCACUCUCCAGGUGUUCACAAAAAAUCAGAGAAUCUCUUUCGAGGUGCUGGCCACCUUCAACGCUCUGAGCUUCAAUGAUAAUCCCAGCCCCUGGAUCUAUCGAGAGCUCAAAAGAUCCUUGGAUAAGACAAAUGCCAGUCCUGGUGAGUUUGCAGUCUGCUUCACCGAACUCCAGCAGAAGUUUUUUGACAACCGUCCCAGAAAACUAAAGGAUUUGAUCCUCUUGAUAAAGCACUGGCAUCAAGAGUGCCAGAAAAAAAUCAAGGAUUUACCCUCGCUGUCUCCAUAUGCCCUGGAGCUGCUUACGGUGUAUGCCUGGGAACAGGGGUGCAGAAAAGACAACUUUGACAUUGCUGAAGGUGUCAGAACCAUUCUGGAGCUGAUCAAACGCCACGAGCAGCUGUGUAUCUAUUGGACAGUCAACUACAGCUUUGAAGAUGAGACCAUCAGGAACAUCCUGCUGCACCAGCUCCAAUCAGCAAGGCCAGUAAUCUUGGAUCCAGCCGACCCAACCAAUAAUGUGAGUGGAGAUAAAAUAUGCUGGCAAUGGCUGAAAAAAGAAGCUCAAACCUGGUUGACUUCUCCCAACCUGGAUAAUGAGUUACCUGCACCAUCUUGGAAUGUUCUGCCUGCACCACUCUUCACGACCCCAGGCCACCUUCUGGAUAAGUUCAUCAAGGAGUUUCUCCAGCCCAACAAAUGCUUCCUAGAGCAGAUCGACAGUGCUGUUAACAUCAUCUGUACGUUCCUUAAAGAAAACUGCUUCCGACAAUCAACCGCCAAGAUCCAGAUUGUCCGGGGAGGAUCAACCGCCAAAGGCACAGCUCUGAAGACUGGCUCUGAUGCCGACCUCGUCGUGUUCCAUAACUCACUUAAAAGCUACACCUCCCAAAAAAAUGAGCGACACAAAAUCGUCAAGGAAAUCCACAAACAGCUGGAAGCCUUUUGGAGGGAGAAGAAGGAGAAGCUUGAAGUCAGCUUUGAGCCUCCCAAGUGGAAGGCUCCCAGGGUGCUGCGCUUCUCUCUGAAAUCCAAAGUCCUCAAUGAAAGUGUCAGCUUUGAUGUGCUUCCUGCCUUUAAUGCACUGGGUCAGCAGAGUUCUGGCUCCACACCCAGCCCCGAGGUUUAUGCAGGGCUCAUUGAUCUGUAUAAAUCCUCGGACCUCCCGGGAGGAGAGUUUUCUACCUGUUUCACAGUCCUGCAGCGAAACUUCAUUCGCUCCCGGCCCACCAAACUAAAGGAUUUAAUUCGCCUGGUGAAGCACUGGUACAAAGAGUGUGAAAGGAAACUGAAGCCAAAGGGGUCUUUGCCCCCAAAGUAUGCCUUGGAACUGCUCACCAUCUAUGCCUGGGAGCAGGGGAGUGGAGUGUCGGAUUUUGACACUGCAGAAGGUUUCCGGACAGUCCUGGAGCUGGUCACACAAUAUCAGCAGCUCUGCAUCUUCUGGAAGAUCAAUUACAACUUUGAAGAUGAGACCGUGAGGAAGUUCCUACUGAGCCAGUUGCAGAAAACCAGGCCUGUGAUCUUGGACCCAGCCGAACCCACAGGUGACGUGGGUGGAGGGGACCGUUGGUGUUGGCAUCUUCUGGCAAAAGAAGCAAAGGAAUGGUUAUUCUCUCUCUGCUUCAAGGAUGGGACUGGAAACCCAAUACCACCCUGGAAAGUGCCGGUAAAAGUCAUCUAAAGGAGGGGUUGUCUGGAAAUAGCCCUGUAACAGGCUUGAAUCAAAGAACUUCUCCUACCGUAGCAACCUGAAAUUAACUCAGACACAAAUAACAGGAAACCCAGCUCACAGGAGCUUAAACAACUGGUCAGCCCCCUAGGCCCCCACUACAAGUGAUCCUCGGGCAGGUAACCCCGGAUUCAUGCACUGUAGGGCGCUGCGCAGCAUUGCUAGUCUCUACCCAGUAGAUGCCACUAGCCCUCCUCUUCCAGUGACAACCAAAAGUCUUCAGACAUUGUCAAACGUUCCCCUAGGUUCACAGAUCUUUCUGCCUUUGGCUUUUGGCUCCACCCUCUUUAGCUGUUGAUUUGAGUACUCAUGGCCCUGAAAGCAGCCACGGUACCUCCAGAUGGCAGGUUCACGAUCAAAGCAGGAAGAAGGAAAAGAUACCCAAAGGUCAAGAACACAGUGAUUUUAUUAGAAGCUUCAUCCAGCAAAUUAUCUUCCAUUUCCUUGCUCAGAAAUGUCAUGUGGUUACCUAUAACUUGAAGGUGGCUACAAAGAUGACUGUGGACAUGGGUUGCACUGGCCAACCAAGGAUGUCUGCCACACCUCUCCAAAGCCCUCCCUACCUACCAAGAUAUACCUGGUAUAUUCCACCAGGAUAUCCUCCCUCCAGGUAUACUUGGUUCUCUCCACCAGGUUCUUUCUUUAAAGCAGGAUUUCUCAACUUUGAUUCUUACUCACAUUUGGGACUAGACAGUUCUUUGUUUGGAGGCUGUCUUGUGCAUUGUAGGAUGUUGAGCAGCAUCUCUGGCCUCUACCCACUAGAUGCUACCCAGUUGUGACAAUUGAAAGUGUCUUGACACUUUAUCAUGUGUCUUCUGCCCUAGGUGAGAACCCUUGCAGUAGAGGAACCCUACACCCCAACCCUGGGUGGAAUGUAGGGAAGAGGUGGCCAAGCCAACCAUGGGGUUAGCUCUAAUUAUUAAGAUAUGCAUUAUAAAUAAGUACCAAAAAAUUGUCUCUUGCAAUAGUUACCUUCCCAGAUACAGGUCCCCCCUUUUGUCCCCUAACUCUUUUAAGCAAUGGUUGUAACUAUUAGGAGACAUUGCUCUCCCACGUAUGUUUUUCUUUUUAGACAAUGCAGACACCAGGAGGUUGUGGAGCUAGGAUCCAUCCUAUUGUCAAUGAGAUGUUCUCAUCCAGAAGCCAUAGAAUCCUGAAUAAUAAUUCUAGAAGAAACUUCUAGAGGCCAUCUGGCAAUCACUUUUAAAGACUUGGCUCACCAUAAGAAAGAGUCACUCACAUCCAUUCUUCCCUUGAUGGUCCCUAUUCCUCCUUCCCUUGCUUCUUGGACUUCUUGAAAUCAAUCAAGACUGCAAACCCUUUCAUAAACUCUUGCCUUGCUGAACUCCCUCUCUGCAGGCGGCCUGCCUUUAAAAAGAGUUGCUGUCAUCCACUUUAUGUGCAUCAUAUUUCUGUCAACUUGUACUUUUUUUUCUUGUAUUUUUCCAAUUAGCUGCUCCUUUUUCCUUCCAGUCUAAAAAAGGAAUCCUCUGUGUCUUCAAAGCGAAGCUCUUUACUUGCCCCUUGGUUCUCAUAACUCUGUGAUCUUGCUCUCGGUGCUUCCAACUCAUCCACAUCCUGUCUGUUUCCUCUGUAUACAAAACCCUUCCUGCCCCUGCUGACACAGACAUCUUCUAUGCCAGCAGUCAGCCAACCCUUUCAUUAGAUCUUCAAGCUCUCCAAAGGCUCAAAUUAUAACUGUUGCCAUAUUUAUAUGAGGCUGUUGUCUUUUCCUUCUGAGCCUGUCUUUCUCUCCCCACCCAGGAGUAUCCUCUUGCCAAAUCAAAAGACUUUUUCCUUGGGCUUUAGCCUUAAAGAUACUUGAAGGUCUAGGUGCUUUAACCUCACAUACCCUCACUUAAACUUUUAUCACUGUUGCAUAUACCAGUUGUGAUACUAUAAAGAAUGUAUCUGGCUUUUGUGCCUAGUUCCUAGCACACAGCUUCAAAAACUCUUGAGUUUCCUGAUAGGAGUGUCUUUUGUAUUCAUAAUAAGCCCUUUUCACCCCUCCCUGGGUUUAUGCUAACAAGGUUACCCAUGGUGGGCCCUUAGUUUCAAGGGAGGAGUUGGCCAAGCCAGAAAGACCAAGCAUGUGAUUAAAGCAUUGGAAUUUUCAGCCCCAUCCCACCCCCAAUCUCCAAGGAGGUGAUGGGGCUGGAAAUUGAGUUCAAUUUUAACAUGGCCAGUGAUUUAAGCAAUGAUGCCUAUGUAAAGAAACCCCAAUAAAAACUCUGGACAGUGAGGCUUGGGGAACUUCCUGGUUGGUGAACAUUCCAAGGUACUAGGAAGGUAGCACAUCCUGAUUCCACAGGGACAAAGGCUCCUGAGCCCUGGACCCUUCCAGUGCUUGCCAACCUACACAUCUCUUUGUCUGGCUCUUCAUUUGUAUUCUUUAUAAUAAAAUGGUGAUUGUAAGUAGA